UCCACCGCUGCCACCACCACACCUUCCCCCUAACAGUGAAAGGAGAAUGGAGCCGAUGACAAUCGCUGCGGAUGGCGGGGACCACCCGGGGUCCACUGCGAGCUCAGGCUUGUCGGCUUCCCAGCGUCGGGCCGAACUGCGGCGGAGAAAGCUGCUCAUGAACUCAGAACAGCGUAUCAACCGGAUCAUGGGCUUUCACAGGCCCGGGAGCAGCACGGAAGAAGAAAGCCAAACAAAAUCAAAGCAGCUGGACAGUGAUAAACUGAACUCCCUCACCAUUCCUUCAGUUUCAAAGCGAGUAGUACUGGGUGAUUCAGUCACUACGGGAGCAACUGAUCAGUCAAGUAGUAUGGCCGAAGUAAAGGGAAUCCAACUGGGAGACAAACUGGACUCUUUCAUGAAACCCUCUGAGUGCACUAAUGAUGUCAACAUUGAGCUCCGGCAGCGAAACAGAGGGGACCCCACAGCGGACAAUGCCCAGAGGGAUUCUCGGCAUGGCUUAGAACAGUACCUCUCUAGAUUUGAAGAGGCAAUGAAGCUGAGGAAACAGCUCAUUAGUGAGAAACCCAAUCAAGAGGAUGGAAGUUCAACAGAAGAAUUUGACUCUUUCCGAAUAUUUAGAUUGGUGGGAUGUGCUCUUCUUGCCCUUGGAGUUAGGGCUUUUGUUUGCAAAUACUUGUCCAUAUUUGCUCCGUUUCUUACUUUACAGCUUGCAUACAUGGGACUAUACAAAUAUUUCCCCAAGGGUGAAAAGAAGACAAAGACAACAGUUCUAACUGCGGCACUUCUGUUAUCUGGAAUUCCUGCUGAAGUGAUAAAUCGAUCAAUGGAUACCUAUAGCAAAAUGGGCGAAGUCUUCACAGAUCUAUGUGUCUACUUUUUCACGUUUAUAUUUUGUCAUGAACUGAUUGAUUAUUGGGCAUCUGAAGUACCUUGA